AUGACCAGAUCACUCCAAAAGGCCUCCAAUCAGCAAAAAAGCCCUGCCAUGUGCAAAAACCAUGUCAAGAACCAGCCUCCUCUUCUCCAGGCUGAACAACCCCAGCUCCCUCAGUCGCUCCUCAUAUUUGCAACCACUAUAUGUGUAGGGAGCCAUGCUGUCACAAAAACCAGGAAAGAAGCAACAAGCUACGGCAUAUGCCCUCACUAUGCCCUCACUAACACUGAAGACGGUUCACUUGAGUCGGAUGUCUUUGAAAUUGUUCUCCCGAUCACUGUCUUUGUGCUGAGCGAUGAUGAUUUUCUCCAAGAGGACGCUGAGGAGCAGGCAGCGGCAGUUCCCGAGUUGAAGGAGGAUGAGCAGGAGGUCAACUUAAACAAUAGCAUUUUCUUAAAAAGCAAUGUGACACCUUCAAAUGACAGUAACAGUUUAAGCAUUUGGGAAGAAAACAGGACUGCUUCAAAUAAGGAUAAUAGUAUGAAAUACUCUGAAGAAAAAGGGGUUGCCGAGAGAUCAGAAUCACUUUUAAGUGAUCGGUGUGAUGCAGGCGCAGAUAAAUGUAGUGAAAUUUAUGUGUUGCCUGCAUCAUCUUGCAAAACAGAGCUUACAGACGUAAACGAAACCAGUGACAGUAAAGAAUAUGACAGUGAUGAUGGCUUUCAGAAGAUUCCUCCUCUCCUCUCCUCUGCUGGCAGUGAGGGUAGAGAUGAUACUGUCAAGACAAGCAAACAGUUGACAUGGGCAGCGAUAUCCAAACAUGAAGAGGAACUUGUCAGUGUUGCAAGUGUUCUUCCUGACAGCAGUCAAGAGAAACAACCAGAAAUCCACAAGGAGAUGGAGACAAUUGUUGAAAUGGAAGAUCCUGAUUCUUCAAAGAAUGGAGAUAAUGAAGCUAAGAACAGAAAAAGAAAGAGAAGCAAAUUUGAAGAUGAAACUCUGAGUUCUCUUUUGGAACAUGGCUUGGAAGAAGAACCAAAAUUUACCUAUAAUAGUUCUGCUCCAGUUCUUAAUGGAUGUUCUCCUACUUCUUAG